AUGGUACAGAAUAAACGAAACUUGAAAUUAAGUCCCAUAUCUGAUGAAGAUUUCGAACCCCCGAGUUUAGUGAAGAGAACUCCUGUUUCUGCAAAUUCUUGGAAAGGGGUUUCAAAUGAACAAAUGGAAUUGGAGAAAUCGAUGAUUACCUUGAUAAAUAGCGAAGUGUCUUACUUUCAAACCAUAUUAUCUUCAAUAACUGUUUACAAAUCUUUGUUAGAAAACACAGAUGGUUUUGCAAAAAUAUUCAGCCUAAGUGAAAAGAAUUUAAUUUUUGAUGAUUUGACCAAUUUGAUUACUACAUCCAGGUUCUUUUUAAUCGAAAUCCUAAGGCAAUUACUCAAAACCCCCAUUUUACCCCAUAAAUUGGAUCUCGACACUAUCAGUAAUGAAAAAUUAACCCUGUUUAAUAUUCCUCAUUUGAUAUAUAAUUGUGAUGUCCAUAGGUUCAAUGUGGGCUCUAUAGUCAAAAGUAAAAUCUUUGAUAACAAAUUGUUCAAGAAGUCAAUUGAAAACUUAUCAAUGAAGUAUGGCUUUAUUAUAUCAAUUAUUGAAGAAAGGAGUAAGAGUGAACUGGGGGUUGAUAAAUGGUUAAUGAUCGGUAAAAGGAUCAACAAACUACCUUUAUCAACUCUAUUAAUCAAACCAUUGAAGAGACUUGUUGAAUAUCCUCCACAAUUGAAAAGAAUAAUGGACAUUGUAGAUGAUCAAUAUGAUUUAAAUCUUUCAUUAGUUAAAGUGAACAAGCUUAUCAAUAAUUGUCACGAUCUACCAAAAAUCCAGAGCUGGGACCAAUUAAGAGAUUAUAAUAAACACACUGUCACAAAAUUCAAUAAUAAUUUGGAAUAUUGUGUUGAUGAUAUUGAUGAGUAUAAUAUCGGAGCCUCCACCAAACCAGUGUCUCACAAUUUGAACCGCCAUAUCACUGAAUUCGAAAUUAAACACAGAUCAUUACAACAAUUGGAGAAAGUAUUCAUUCAAUAUAGUUCUAAAAUUUCCGUGUUUGUUCAUGAACAGACCAAAUAUUCCCAUCUUUGGUUGAAUGUCUUAUCAGGCGAGAUGUAUAUCGAAUCAAUCAUCGAUAAGUAUCGAGAAAAAAUGAAAUCAUUACUGGUGUUUGUAGACAAUUUCAAACUAUUAUUUGAACGUGAAGUACACCAACCUUUGAUUGUCGGUUUAAAACUCACAAGGGAUUGUGCUAGGUUAAUUAAAAGGUUGAAUUCAAAAAAUUCUGAUAAGGAAAAGGUGGUUCGAGAUUUGUCCUGUAGAUUACCUCGGUUAAUACCUUUGUUAAAUGAAUUGUGUGACGAACUUCUAUAUAAAUUCAAUCAUUUGAACUGCCGCUGGAUGAAAGCGUUCAUAGGGGAAACUAAAAUAAAGGAGUUCAAUGAAUUAAGAAAUUCAGUUCAUGAUAACAAUGAUAUAGUUACAUUCUAUCAUCGUCAAUUUACCAAAUCAAUUUGA